CUGUCCGUCCAGGUGUCUGUCCGUCUCGUCGUCCCUCUGUCCAUCCCCAGCUCUCUGUCCGUCCAGGUGUCCGUCUGUCCGUCCAUCCACGGCGUCCCCUUUGUCCGUCCUUCCGUCCAGCUGUCCGUCCGUCUGCCUGUCCCUCUCUCCAUCUGUCCAAUUGUCUGCCUGUCCGUCUUUAUGUCCGUCUGUCCGACUGUCCGCCCACCCCUGCGAGGGAAUCCGUCUGUCCGCCCAGGGUCUCUGUCUGUCCGUCUGUCCGCCACUCCCCCCCUUCCAGCUACCGGAACGGCGACACCUCGUCCUUCCGCUGACUGCUUCCUUCCCCCCCCCCCCCAAAAACAGCAGAGUGCCACCGCUGCCCACGUGCUGCUGAGUGCUGCCUCCCUGGCCGUUCCCUCUGGACCCGACUGGCGCUACGAAGAAGGCAUCAACGGAGUCUUCCUCAGCGGCGACGUUCGGGCCACAGCCCAGGGGCUGCAGGUGGCGUCGGGGGGCCUCUACCUCCUCUAUGGCCAAUUUGCUGUCACCUGCACGGCCACCUCUUGUCCCCCCGGCAACGUCACCCUCCAGCUGCACCGCGCCGGUUCCCCCCAUCCCUUGCUGGCCGUACCCUUGGUGUUACCCGACGGUUCCGGAUCCGGCCCGACUCGUUCGGGUUUGACGCAGGCAGUGGGGCAGCUGCGACCCGGCGACGUCCUCAGCUUUAGGAUGGUUGGGGACAUCCAAGGGGACGAGUGGCAGAUGGCGCAGGACGAGAGGGAAGGAAAUUUCGUGGGGCUGCUGCGCAUCGCAACAAGGGGGUGA